AUGUUGAGCGGGAAAUAUCUGAACCUGAAAUUGUUCAGCGAGAAGAAGAACUCCUUGGCGAGCACUAGCGCAGAAGGGUCCAGAGGGAGUCACAGAAGCGACGCGCAAAAUGAUGGAGGAAGCCACACGCACAGGUAUAACAGAGACAAGAGAAUAAUUCACGAGGGGUGGCUAAAUAAGUGGACAAAUAUAAUUGGAAGUUACAGACCAAGAUACUUCGUGUUGGAAAAUGGCAUACUAAGAUACUCGAUAGAUAAAUUCUCUCCAACGAAAGAGACCUUUGGUUUGUCGCAUUGCAAAAUAAAAGUGUGUCCUGAUGACCCACUGCACUUUGAAAUUGACACCACUGAGCAGGGCGUGCUCUACCUAAAGGCAGAUUUCCCAGAAGACAAGCACAAGUGGUAUAUAUCUUUUAAGAAGGCACAACUGAAUUACCUACAAGGCAGACAUAGCAGGAAGGGGUACAUGGGCAUCAACAAUUUUAAUGUAUCCACAAAUUCAGAGUUCAUAUGGAAAAUUAUAAACAACAGUAAUGAUUUAUGUAAGAGUAGAACAAUGAGCUCAGUUGGGGAGGGGAAGAAGGGUAUGGAGAGCCACGCCGGUGAGGAUGGACAGGGGGUGAAUUCUCAAAAAGGGAAGACAGAACAAACGGGCAAGUUAGACAAAACUUCAUCCUGUGUCACAUUGGACAAUGCGGAAGAAAAUAUAAAAGCACAUGGAAUGAAGAAAAUAAACCUAGACGAUGUAUUCAUUAGUUGUACCGAUUUCGAAGACAAGAGUCCAACUCUCUGUCUUAUGGAAAAUGUGGUGUCGUUAAAGGAAAUUACGAGAGACUUGAUAAAGAAUUCACAACUUAGUGAAGCGAACUCCAUUCUCAGGAAAAUGAAAUUGGAGUCCAACUACAAAUUGAACAGUGAUAAUGUAGGACCUCUUCUCUACCAAUUGUCUAACUCAAUUGAGUGCAUAGAUGUUGUCAUUGAGAAAUACAUCACCUGCACGGAUAUGCUCUUGAAGGAGGAGAACAUGCAGUUGAAGUGCAUGAACAAAUCGUUGAAAUUGUUAGCCAAGCAAAAUUAUUUUCUGGAGAAAUCACAGGACAAAAAAAGCUUUAGUGAUUUAGAAGAUAAGGUAAGAAAUCACUUGGAGAAAUUUAACUUGUACGUGAAUGAUGAAGAAAGUGAGGAGGAAGAGAAUGAAGACAUGUUUUUCGACUGCGAUGGUGAGUCACUUUGUGAGGAGGAAAAUGUACCCUCCAAUGUUCUUGGAUCUGAUGACACGAUCACCAACGAGGAGGCGCGGACGAAGAGCAUAACCGAAAGGGGACAUCCGAGGUAUGCCAACUCAGGAGGAACUUCCACCGAGCGCCAUCCCCUUGGAGAAUCACCCGAAGGGAGGAACGAAUCAGAGGAGGAGAAGGAGAAGGAAGAAGAAGAAAAAGUACCCCCCCCAGAUGGGUCACUCAUCCUCCCAUUAACACUCCAUACAAAUGAAGGAGAAACGAGCGAAAGGACAGAGGAACACUGCCAGGUGGAUGUGAACACAGAAGAGAAUGUCGUCCCGGCUGAGAGAUACACGAAUGAAACAGGCGAGACGAACGAAAGCGAUCUGCACUUAAUCCAACUGUGCACCGGAAGAAAUAUAAAGUCACUAAAUUUUAACCGAAUCGAUAUAUACACAGACAACAGAAUUAAGAGGAGGACCAAACUGCCAAGUCCACGAGCAGACAUAAAAAUUAGCAUGUGGUCCCUGUUGAAGGAUUGCAUCGGGAAGGAUCUCUCCCGCAUAGGAAUGCCUAUUUAUCUGAAUGAACCCUUCUCAUUUUUACAAAGACUGGCAGAAGAUUUCCAAUACGUGUAUCUGCUCCAGCGCGCUUCCAUGGAAGUUGAGAGUACUAGUAGACUUGCGUACGUGACGGCCUUUACGAUAUCUCCCUACGCUUCCGUCAUCGGUCGAACGUUUAAGCCAUUCAACCCUUUAUUAGGCGAAACGUAUGAAGUGACGCACAGGAAAUUCUUCUUCGUGUCGGAGCAGGUAGUCCACCACCCCCCUAUCACUGCAUACCACUGCCACAAUGAGUACAUGGAAAACUUUGCUAGCAUAACUGUGAAUGUACAAAUAUUGGGGAAGUCAGUUGAGGUCACUAUACCGGGGUCCAGUCACCUGAUCCUUAGGUACCGGAAGAGGGCAAAUUCUCCAACGAGGGGGAAAAGACACACGAACGAAUGUACAACACGCUUGGGUAGGAGUUAUUUUUUUGAUUAUGCGGAAGAUGCCAACGUGGACGAAUGUAAAGUGGGCACGUGCGCCUCGACCAAGAGGAACAGCGGGGACGCAGAUACGCACAGUGCACACUGCCCCGAUGAGGGAGGCAGUCCGCAUAAAGUCGAUCCACAGAGAAGUGACCCUUUACCUGGCACAGAAUCAACCAAGUACGACCAGGAGCAUUACACGUAUGAAAGGGCCAACAUGAUAAUUCACAACAUCAUUUUUGGGAAGUUGUGGGUCGAGCUGCAUGGAAACAUACUCAUAAGAAAUCACAACAACGGAGAUUUUUCGAUUGUCCGUUACAUUCGCAAGGGAUGGUUUGACAACGAGAUCCACAAGGUAAGAGCAGUCGUAUGUGAUCGCUACAAAAAUAUUAUUUUCUAUAUAUACGGAAAGUGGUCAGAAGAAAUUUACAUAGCUUAUGUAAAGCAUUUAAAAAAACAGGAAUACGAUUCAUACUUUUUCAAUGCCGAUGGAUCUGAAAAUGCUAACCACUUUAACAGAAAUACGUUGAAUGAGUUUAUUGGCAACGUUGACUGGCAGUUCUAUGAAAAUAAUGUGGAUCUCCUAAACGGAGUGUGUGUGUGGAAGGCCUCCAAACGGCCGAAACAUAGUGAAAUAUAUUACGGAUUUAACAAUAUGACCAUGGAAUUGAACGAAAUCACUCCCGAAUAUGAUCCAUCCAAGGGUGCACCUAUUGCCUGUACAGACAGCAGAUUCAGGCCCGAUCAGAGGAGUUACGAAAAUGGCAAUAUUGAAGUUGCUAUGAGUGAAAAACAGAGACUUGAAAACAAGCAAAGAAUGAACUCGAAGAAAUACAUGGGGAAAAACUCCUACAGGCCGAAAUGGUUUUACAAGCACAAGGAUCCCAUUUAUAAGGACAGGGAUAUGUACCUCUUCAACAAUGAGUACUGGGUCGCGAAGAAGAAGGGGCUGUUCGCGGACACGCCCGACAUAUUCUGA